CCCUCUUGCUCGUGGUGGGUUCGCAGACAUUUGGAAAUGCACCUACUACGUUGAUCGCGUACCAGUCCUAUCUGCCGAACAUCAACCAUGCGAACAUCGUACCCAUUUAUGGUUACACGUAUGGCUUCGGCCCAUUUCCAGCGAUAGUUAGUCGUUGGGCAGAAAGGGGCAACCUGUCGGAUUAUUUGAAACGUGAGGAUGCGGCUCUUACUCUCCUUAGAAAAUUCCAGAUCCUGAGGGAUAUUAUAACUGGCCUGCAAUAUCUUCAUGCUAACAAUGUCAUCCAUGGUGACUUCACCGAGCCUAACGUGCUGAUAUAUGCUGAUGGCACCGCGUGUGUUGCCGACUUUGGUCUUUCCUUGAUGUAUUCGGAUGUCAUAAGCAUCUCUCAGGCUCCCUGGACUUCCACCCUCAGUGGCAAUGUACGAUGGAUGGCUUUUGAGCUGCUUGGAGAGCGAGAGGACGGAACUCCAGUGAGGCCAAGCAAGCAGAGCGACGUCUUUUCGUUCGGCGGUAUCAUGUUGCAGGUACGCCCGGAAUAG